GGAUGAGCUGAGUAAGUUUUGUAUGAGUCUGUGUUUGUGACUAAGAAGUGAAAAGCCGUGAGUCCGGACUUGGGUAUGAAAAAGAUUUGCAGCUGCCGAGUCCGUUUGCUCUUGCGUAAUCAAGCGGGCGCCCUUCACUCACUUGAUCGCAUCUAGUGCACAACAACAGCUGGUGUCAUUGUCACUAAUUUCGUCCAGCAGCAACUUCAUCCAAGUCUUCUAGUCGAGCAUCGGAGCUGCAGACUGUACUGUCCUAACAAUGUCAGAAAACCAUUCGGCUCCCUACCCUCCGCCAGACUUUCACCCAGCAUGGGCUCCUCCACCUGCUCCCGCACCACAUCCAGUGGUUUCACGAUCUCACCUCGACCCACGCGGUCCACCGGCCCAAGAUACCGACUUCCUCAUCAUCGGCUUGUUCGCUCUCCGCCUGGCGCGAACGCUCAUUCAGUCUCUCGACCACUAUCCCGAGCGGAUUGAUGACAUUGAAUGGGUAGAGUACUUCCUCGGACCCUACGAUGUCGCGUAUGAUCUGGCGAAGGUAACGGGGUCUGCGAAACAGGCCUACUUGGACACAUACCCGAGGAUCGCAGGCAGGAUGAAGGCGCAGCGGAAGUACCCACUGUGCUUUAUGGCGCUGAAUCCCGUGACACAGCAGCGUGAAGAAGCACUGAACGGGCGAGGCGGCUUGACUGAUGUUCAACGGUUGGAAAUCAUCAACUUUGCUGAUGCGGCGAGAGAGUGGGGAUCAACCGUGCAUGUUCCGGAGAGAGAGGCGAAGCGCAUGCUGGAGUUGGCGGACCAGAGACGUGUUGCUGAUCUCACGAAGCGUCCCGAUGUCGAGGUUGGGCCUCCUGCUGCCAGCCAUGUUCAUGUGAAUAACAGCCCUUUCGACUUUGGCAGAGGCUAG